AUUCCAAAAAGGGCUUUGAACACAGCUUGGCACAGAGGCUCGACUUCAGUCUCCAGGAUUGCAAGAUGUUUUAAAAUGGAAAGUUGAACAUUUCUUACUGCACGUGAUAAAUCAGUGGAAGUUUCCUGCUGCAGGGGCCCUGGGCAGUGUUGUCCCUGCUGUACUGCCAAACCAGUUCUGCUCACAGCCUUUGGCAGGAGGGGAGGGGACCAAGGACAGGGAUGCAGGUGGAUGGCCAGCAGGGGAGCAGGGAGCAGGGCAGCCUCUGAGAAGGAGCUGGGUGGGCGGCGCAGUGGCUGCACAGUGCCUGGUAGACCUCCCAGGUGGCUUCCCUGGAAACCCCAGGGGCAGAUUGUGCUGGAAGCAGCCGUGGGUCAGGGACGUCCCUGAGGAGGAGGAGGAGGAGGACAUCAGACCCUGCAGGCUGGAGAGGGCCUGGGGAGGAGGUCACUGAGGACCAGGGGGCUGAGCCCCAGGACAGGAAGCGAUGGUAUUGGCAUGUAGCGAGUGCCACAGCAGAGCCAGGAGAUGGGGCAGGAGACAGCCUGGGUCCUGGGCAGCCCAGGAAGCCUGCUCGGCUCCCUCCCCUACUCGAGGUUCCUGCCUGGGCAGCUGCUCCACACCCAGCACCUCCGUGUGUCUCUUUCCCCUGGAGACUUGCUGAAGCACUCCGCAGCACCCGGGACCAGAAAGGGCUCUCCGGUGGCCUACACCCUGCCCGACUGGUACAUCCAUCACAGCAAGCCGCCCACCGCCAGCCGGCGUCCGGUGCCCGUGGUCACCAUGCCAGAUUACAUGGUAUACGAAGAGUUCCACCCCAGCCAAGCCAACGGUGGCUACGAGUCUAGAAGAGGACCCUUCAACUUCGACAUGAAAACAGUGUGGCAGAGAGAGGCCGAAGAGCUUGAGGAGAAAAAGAAGGUGAGGCUGCCGGCCAUUAACUCAAAGCACCCCAACAAAGUGGGGACGCCGGUGGGUGCCAGAGACUCUGAGGGAAGCAGGCUGUCUUUCCCCCCCAUGCCUGGUCAGAGAGCCGGCUCCCCAACAAACUUCUCCAAGCUCAUCAGCAAUGGUUACAAGGACGAGUGGUUGCAGCAGCAGCAGCUGCGAGCUGACUCUGAGAAGAGGACCUGGAAGACGUCCAGGGUGUCGGUGUCAUCCCAGUCCACGCGGGACCCCAAGGGACUCCAGGAUGUAGCAUCACCACAGGACACACAGGCUCUGGAAGUCUCCGAGAAGGCUAAAGACCCAGUGACACCUCCCCCAGCACCGACACCGGCAGAGCUCAAGUAGACUGGCAGUGAUGUCUGGGGUCACCUUCCCCGGACCGCCUGCGCGAUGACGUCACAGAUGUCCCAGCCCACCGGGCCCAUUCCCAAGGCUCCUGGAACGGAGAUCCCCCGCGGACUGUGGUCUCCCAUCAGCUUUGACGCCCGCACUGCGCAGGCGCCCUUGCGUUUCUCCCCGAGACUCUGAACACGCGGUCCCCGCCGUCCUCUGCUUCGCUGGCCGCGAUGUCCCCGUGCUGGGGACCAGCUCCUUCUUCCCGUGCUCCUCUGAACCAGAAAAACCCAGAACAAGCUUCAAGCCUCUCCCACCAGUUGUCCUGAAACCUCUGUAGAAAUGAUUUUUUCUGGUGCAAAAAAAUAAUCGAUUUUAGAAUAUGGGGAUAAAGUUUAUAUUAA